UAAAAAUUGCGGACGUAAAUGUUGUGUACAUGAUCCAUUUUCUGCAGUAUAUGUGGAGGGGAUUUCCAGAGGCCAUAUAUGGCAAUAGGGAAAAUGCAUGAGUGAUGAGUGACAGCAUAAAUCCCUUAAUUCCCACUUGCCCAACUCGCAUAUAUUUUGCUCCUCAGACAACCACAAGAAAUUGUUUUUUUUCUUUUCUGGGUUGCCAUCAAAUUUUCUUAAAUCAAACCAACAAUAAAUAUCCACUUUUUGGCUAAUGCAAUACCAAAGAAUCUUGGAAUUCUGAGGUUCUCUUCUGCUCUUUCCUCUUUCUUUUUGUCUCCCUUCAUUGCUGAUAUUUUUCCUGUGAUUUCUGCAAAUGCAAUUCUAUCUCAGAACCUUUUCCUUGUAGGGUUGCCUUCUUUUGUCUGGGUUUCUCAUAAUAUCAAUGAAUGAAUGAAUGAAUCUCUUCUCCUUUGCUUAAUUUCUCCCUUUUUUGUGGAAAAGAAGAUAACUUUUGCAUUGUUUGCCACUGAAACACAGUUUUUACCUUAAUCUUGUAACUGUGGGUGAUUUCUUGUGGUUUUGACAUGAAAUCUGAUAAGUAUUAUGCAACUUGGAGGAAUAAUUUAUUGUAACAUCAUCUUUCAACCCACUAUUUGUUGUUGCUAAGUAAUAACCAAUAAAAGUUCAUCUUUUUGGAUUAUUUCUGUUCAGAAUCUUUUUUUUUUUACCAAUUUGGUUGUUUACUUGUUUCCACACUUCAUAUUUUAAGCAUACUUUUGCAAAUUGGGGAAAGAUUUUCCUGUUUUUUAAAAGCUAUUCACUUUCUUUUUGGAUUUAGCUUUUGUCUGGGGAGGAUUUGGAGAUAAAUGCUGGUAAAAUUCUGAGGAAAUGGAUGGGGGUUUGUGUCCUUCUUUCAUGGAUUUGGAUUACAUGAAUGAAUUGCUGUGUUGGGUGGAGAGAAGUGAGGGAUCUGAUUACAUGUGGCCAGUUUUAGAGGCCAAUUCCAACAACAAUGACCAAGAAGAAAGGCUUCAAAGAUCAUCUCUCCCCGAGAAUUUAUCAUCGGGUUUCCAGUAUCGAACUGCAAUUAGUCCUUGGGGGCAAUCUCGAAGAUGUUUGGUUGAAGGUCCUGGAUGGUGCUCGAUUACCGACAGAUUGGUUAAGGCGGUUGAGUACAUAAACGAUUUUUUUCGAGACAAAGAUGUCGUUUUGAUUCAGAUAUGGGUGCCUGUAAGCAAAGGCGAUAGAUGUGUACUAACCACAAGGGGUCAGCCUUUCCAGGUGAACAAGAAUUGCCCUCAACUCGCCCAUUACCGGGAUAUCUCGGUUAAUUUUCAGUUCCCGGCUGAGGAGGACUCGAACGAGAGCACUGGAUUACCCGGGCGUGUGUUUUUGGCUAAACUUCCCGAGUGGACACCCGAUGUUCAGUUCUUCAAGAAGGACGAGUACCCCCGAGUUUGCCAUGCUCAGGAGUACGAUGUCAGAGGCUCCCUCGCUGUUCCGGUUUUCGAUCAAAGCAGCCUUAGUUGUUUGGGCGUCAUUGAACUCGUUUUAACCACGCAAAAAAUCAACUACCUUCCCCAGCUCCAAAGCGUCUGCAAAGCUCUCGAGGCAGUUAAUCUGAGGGGUUCUAUAUUGCCAAAUGCUCGAAAUGCGAAGGAAUGCGAUUUGAGCUACCAAGCUGUGUUAUGCGAGAUUCAUGAUGUUUUUAAGUCAGCUUGCGAGACACAUAGGUUGCCGUUAGCUCAAACAUGGGUCCCGUGUAUCCAACAAGGUAAAGAGGGGUGCCGCCACUCCGAUGACAACCUUAUUCAUUGUGUUUCCACGGUGGAUUCCGCUUGCUACGUAGCUGAUCCCCAUGUUCGAGGUUUCCACGAGGCGUGUUCCGAGCACCACUUGCUAAAGGGUCAAGGCCUCGUCGGGAGGGCGUUUGUGACCAAUCAAGCUUGCUUUUCGGCUGAUUUGAUGUCCUCUAGCAAGGCGGAGUACCCCCUCGCUCACUAUGCAAAGAUGUUCGGUUUGCAAGCCUCCGUGGCUAUACGCCUCCGGAGUGUAUCGAUUUCUUCAGCCGAAUUCGUGUUGGAGUUCUUCUUACCGAGGAAUUGCAUUAGCCCCGAAGAACACAAAAGAAUGCUGACUUCGUUGUCCAUCAUCAUACAAAACGUUUGCCAGACUUUGCGAGUUGUAACUGACCAAGAAUUGCAGCAAGAAACCUCGGGUUUUAUGUUCAGUGAAGAAGGUCUAAAACCGAAAAGAAAUUUGGGCGUUGGAGCUUAUGAAGAACGUUUAUCCGGGAAUUCCCAGCACACAGAUUGCCACGAGAGCCGUGAUUCGGUUUCAGCUUUCGAGAAUGGACAGAGUGAAGUAGUACUGAAAAAAAGGUGCCCCCGGGAGUUGAGGCUGCAGCUAAACGAAUGUGUUCCGGGACCAGACCGAGCUUCUAGUGCAUGUAACUCUCGGGGUGUGGGUAAAAGGGGCGAUAAAAAGCGUUUGAAGACCGAGAAAACGAUUACGUUGCAGAUUCUUCAACAAUACUUUGCUGGUAGCCUCAAAGAUGCUGCAAAGAGUAUUGGUGUCUGUCCUACGACGCUGAAGAGGAUCUGCAGGCAGCAUGGGAUAAAGCGUUGGCCAUCUCGAAAGAUCAAGAAAGUUGGGCACUCGUUGCAAAAGAUUCAACACGUGAUUGAUUCUGUCCAAGGCGUCUCGGGUGGUUUACAAAUCGAGUCCUUCUACUCGAGCUUCCCCGAGCUCGUGUCUCCCAAUUCAGCCUCGAACCAAUUCAAGAAUCUUAAAUCCCCCGGGGGCGAUUCUACAAGCCCCCGAGCUGCUGCUCCUGCUGCUCCUGUUGCUGAUUCUGUUACACCUUCCUCGUCCUGCAGUCAGAGCUCGAGUUCGAGCCAAUGCUGCUCGACAGGAAGACAACCGAAGAACUCAGACACAAAUGCGGUUUUAAAGAGGGUAAAAAGCGCUGCCGAGCUGCAUUAUUCAUCAAGAAAUGAGGAGCCAAAGACCCUCCCGAGAUGUCAAAGCCACGCCUCUCUCAUCCAACGCCCUCCAUCCCGGUUUCUUCCACCUACUACUAAAGGCGGUGGUGACUGCAGGCCUCGAGAAGAUGUGCUGAGAGUAAAAGUCUCGUUCGGAGAAGAGAAAAUCAGGCUGCGGGUGCAGAACAGCUGGGGCUACGAAGAUCUGCUGAACGAAAUCGCGAGGCGUUUUGGUAUGGAUGAAUCCACGGGGUUUCAACUCAAGUACUUGGAUGAUGACAGUGAGUGGGUUUUACUAACCUGUGAUGCUGAUUUGCAGGAAUGCUUUGAUGUUUGUCGUUCUUCGCUGAACCAAACCAUCAAGCUCACUUUCCACCGCGUUCCUCAACAAUGUUGAGGAUAAUAUAUAUACAUAUAUAUAUAGAAUAAUAGAUAUACGAUCUUGCUAUCAGCUAAUAAAGAAUAUGUUCUUUUAGUUCAGAUGGAACACAUCCAUCGAUUAGCAUGGCUGGUAGCUAGUACAAGUAUGCCUCAUUGUUAAUCUUUAGAAGCAUAUCCCUUAGCUAGGAUUAGUUAGGGGUCCCCAUGUAUUUUUGAACUAUUUUUGUACCAUAUUCCGCAAGAUAAUUAAAGUUUGUAAAUUCUUUUUGUUGUG